AUGUCAUUGCAUGAUUAUUUGUCAAAAACAUACGGGUCUUCCUCGAAUAAGAAGUCCAAGAACAGAAGCAAAGAUGAUAAAAAGGAGGUAAAGAAAGUACGGUCAGCAAACACGACUAUAACAGAGUAUAUUUCACAAGAUAUUAAAGAUAUACCGAAUAAAUCAGGGCUAAUAAAUGAUUCAAAAUCUAAGAAGAGUUUAUGGAAAAACCCAGCCACAAACGAAAUAGUUGAUGAAAUCAAGAGAACCGGUAUAGAAGCCAAAGAUGAUCAGAAGGUUGCUUCUUCAACUUCAAUAGAACUCGUUUCUAAAGUUAAUAUAAAUCAAAAUGAAAGAGAUACGAUUCAUAGAGAUGAAAAAGGGCAUCGUUUAACAGGAGAACAAUUAACCCAGAGACUUGCAGAUAGUGAUUUAAGAGAAAAAAUGAGAUUAGAAAGAUUGAAUCAACUAAACAAAGGUGAAGUACAAAAAUAUAUGCGGGAAAACGAACUAACAUAUGCAUCGUUGAAGAGUCGAAAUGGGCAAUCUAAUGCCAAUAAUGAUUUUAUAGAUCCAGCCUCUGCAUUCAGCAGCCAUGAUGAAACAGGAAAUUCAAAAAAUGUAUCAUUCUUAGGUAGGCGACAAUAUGAUAAAAUAUCUUCUGAAAACAGAUUUGGUGUUAUACCUGGUGCUAGAUGGGAUGGAGUCGAUAGAUCAACAGGUUUUGAAGCAAAAUGGUUUGAGCGGAAAGCUGAAAUUGAACAACAAAAGGUUGAAAAGUUUACUAUGCAAGAAGAUUAUUAG